AUGUUGGUCUUUGAGGAGAUGAUCGAGCCAUAUCGGCUGAAGGAAGACGACAUGGAGCAGGAGGCAGCUGAAAGGCUAAAGAACAGUGAACCUUGGAGGAUCACAGACAACGAGCUGGAGCUGUACCGUGCCAAGACUAAUCGUCAGAUUAGACUCAAUGAGCUACUGAAGGAGCACUCGAGCACAGCCAACCUCAUUGUCAUGAGCCUGCCAUUGGCCAGAAAGGGCGCAGUGUCCAGUGCUCUCUACAUGGCCUGGCUGGAGGUGUUGUCCAAGGACCUGCCGCCCAUCCUCCUGGUGCGUGGCAACCACCAGAGCGUCCUCACCUUCUACUCUUAAACACACACAGAAAUUAAAGUCACGGUUUUAAGUCUCACAUCCCCUUCUGCUUCCCGGAGCAGACACACAUACACAUCCCAGUUCCAGUCCAAACCUAAAGGUGCAACACAUACACUUAAGAGACAGUAAGCACACUGAUGGAAACAACGCUGGUAAUAUGAAUAAAGAAGGAAAAGAUAUUGGUUGAGAUAUGCUCUAAAAGUGAUGAAAGGAUUUGUCAGGGAUUGGUUGGGUGGAGGUUGUAAGGUUGCCCACUGCUCCUUUCUUUCUAUUUAUUCCAAGAUGUCUUGAUUUUUCCCUUGUAGCUGUAGUUUCUUCUUUCUUCUAUUUUCCUCCUUAAAAUUUCAUUUUUGUUAAAAUUGAUUUCUCUCAGGCUGCAAAACCAGUUGUGCACAAUGUCCACAUUGUUGUUCUGAUGAUAUAGUUUAUUGAUAUCAUACUUGUUAAGUUAAUUGGACCAGUUGUGUUUGUCAUGCAGCAAUAAUAAUAACCCUGUUGUUUUCCUUAAAUAUUGGGAGAGAACCAUGCAGAAUGCUUUGCAACACCUUAUAAAGCCUUAUGGAUGUGCCUUCCUGUGUUGAAUCAGAUGAAAUAAUUAUAAUCUCUAUCCAGGUUGACAAUAUUACCUAUUAUAUUGAUGAAUAAUAGUUUUAUUGAGGUUUUUAAUGUGAUUCAUUCUUAGUUUGGAGCAUUGUAUUUAUGGGAGUGGAUUGCAUGAAUUUAAUGAAGGGUGUCCACUUGAUUGCAAAAGACUUUCUCUGUCAUUUCUCUUUCUCUGUUUUACCUUAAUCACCAUGUUUAUUUUGGCCAUAGCAUUUUAAUUUUUUGUUCACUUUUGGGUCUUCCUUUUUAAAGCUGUUGAAUAUUUUCAAUAACAUCAGCUACUUGACACAAGACACAAUUUAUCUUUUAGGCAUAGUGCCUAAAAAAUUGUAUAUGGGUGUUAAAUUUAAGAUCUCUUUUUUUGUCAGAAAAGAUAUGAACCUAGGUUUUCAUUAGCCUUGUCAAAUGGAAAUGGUAACUCUCCCAUGUAGCUGCUGAUUGACUAAAUUAAGUAUUUCUUUUUAAAAGUUUAUGUAUUUCUGUGUCCACAUGUAUGGUUCUUUCCCUGUAAAGAAAUUGCUCUACCCAACAAGCUAGUUAAAACCUUGCCUUAAUGCUAGAAUUAACGAUAGUCACGAGUUCCUUUUUUCUUAUAAGCCAUACUGGCUGGAUGGUUUGUGGGUAAAUUCAGAUAGCAAUCCAUUAGUAAAACGUUAGGAGAAGUGUUUCAGCACAAUUGUCUUCU